AUGGCAAAAUUUUCUGUCUCCCCUCUCUGCUCAUCCCCCUCUCCUCGUCUUCAACUUCACCGGCAAUCAUUCUUCACCGUUUCUCAAGCAAUCGCUCAUCCCGCUUCUUCCGCAACCGAUUCCAAUUCCACUUUCACCUUCGCUACCACUUCCAAUCUCACUCCCAAAGUCGUCGUCACCAGAGAACGCGGCAAAAACUCCAAGCUUAUCAAUGCUCUGGCCAAACAUGAAAUCAGUUGUUUGGAGCUUCCACUCAUUGAGCACCUACGGGGACCUGAUUUUGACAGGCUUCCUUGUACAUUAAGUGAUAAUGCAUUUGAUUGGGUUAUCAUAACUUCUCCGGAGGCUGGUUCAGUCUUUCUGGAGGCAUGGAAAACUGCUGGGAUGCCCCACGCCAGAAUAGGCGUUGUUGGAUCAGGUACUGCAAGCAUUUUCAAAGAAGCUUUGCUGUCUUCAAACAAAUCGCUUGAUGUUGCGUUUUCACCAUCUAAAGCAACUGGAAAAGUUUUGGCAACAGAGCUUCCCAAAGUCGGAAAUAAAACCACCAUUCUAUAUCCUGCUUCUGAAAAGGCUAGCAAUGAGAUUGAGGAAGGGCUUUCAAGUCGCGGAUUUCAAGUUACUAGGAUGAAUACAUAUACAACGGUACCAGUUCAACAUGUUGACCAGAUGGUUCUAAAGCAAGCACUUGCUGCCCCUGUUGUUACAGUAGCUUCACCAUCUGCAAUUCGGGCCUGGAAGAAUCUCCUUUCAGAUUCUGACUGGAGCAAUUAUGUUGCAUGCAUUGGUGAGACAACUGCUGCAAUGUCAAGAAGAUUAGGCUUCAAAAAUGUGUACCACCCAACACAACCAGGCAUUGAAGGCUGGGUGGAAAGCAUCCUUGAAGCAUUGGGAUCCUAUGAUGAAUUAUUGAGGUAG